AUGGCUGUAGAUCAAACUGAAGAGAUGACCCCUAGCACGAGCAGAAAUGACCAUUUGGUCAUCGAUACAAGUAAUCCCCUCUACAUUCAUCCUUCGGAUAGUCUUGGCAUGACCUUAGUACCAGUUCCGUUCGACGAAAUUGGAUAUCGUUCCUGGAGGAGAAGCGUAUUGCGAGCCUUAUCAGUUAAGAACAAAUUAGGAUUUAUUAAUGGAGAGUUUAGAAAACCAAGUUCUGAUUCGCCUCAAUUCCGCCAAUGGGAGAGGUGUGAUGAUAUGGUAACCUCGUGGAUCCUCAAUUCCCUUGCUAAGGAAAUCUCUGAUAGUGUGGAAUAUGUAAAUGACUCGGUUGAGCUAUGGAGAGAAUUAGAGGAUCGUUAUGACGAAACAAAUGGGGCAAAAUUGUAUCAGAUCCAGAAAGAAAUUAAUGAUCGUGCACAAGGUUCCUUAGACAUAACCACAUACUAUACGCGAAUGAAGAGGCUGUGGGAAGAACUGAACACCUUAAGUGUCAAAUCUCAGUGCAGCUACAAUUGCACAUGUGGAGCAAAAGAAACUAUGCAUAAAGCAGAACAGGAUCGACGGCUUAUCCAAUUUCUGAUGGGAUUGAAUGAGGUCUAUACAAUAGUGCGAGGAAGCACUCUUAUGAUGAAACCUCUACCUUCUAUGGCACAAGCUUUCUCCCUACUAAUACAAGAGGAAAAACAAAGGGAAUUCAAGCCCAAUGGUCAACUCAGUCUAGAUUCCACUUCACUGCAUGCAAAUGCAAGUUCACAGAAUCAAAGUCAUACAAGGGAAAAGUGUUACAAGUUACAUGGAUAUCCUCAAGGCAGUUCCUAUAGCAACCAAAACUUCAAUCGUAAUAAUGCCAAUGUUCAGCCCUAUAAUCAAGGGAACAACCAGAACCACAAAUUCAACAAAGGAAAAGGAUCUGUGGCUAAUGUACAUGGAACUCCAUAUGACAUGAUUCAUGAGAAUGGGAAUGAAAAACUACAAAAUGAUAAUCAGAAUGUCAAUCUGACAAAGGAGCAAUAUGGGCAGAUAAUGAACUUGCUACAGCAUUUUCAAGUGGGAUAUGCAGGAGGUUCUCCCAGCAACAUCAAUGCCACCACUGGCAGUGCCAACUUUGCAGUACACCUUAGAUGUAUUGUGUUUUUCAGUGAUGCACUUUGUCUGUUGCAGGCCCCUUCAGUGAAGAGGCCUCAGGUGAUUGGUAGUAGCAAAGAAGGUAUGUACUAUCUCUGUUCCAGAUGUUUGAAGGGUAAAAGAACUGUCUUACCUUCUGUUGUUUCAACUUCCUAUUGCAAUUGUAUUCCUGAUCCUCAAUCUGUAAAUAGUCAUGAGUCUGUAGGUCAUACUCAUUCACGUCACACUCCUCAAUCUGUAAAUACUUCCAUUUCAAGCAAUAAGAAUGAGCCUUCAUAUGUGUUUGAUAAGCAUGAUGUAAAUUCUCUAUGGCACAAUAGGUUUGGUCAUGUUUCUUUUGUUAAAAUGAGAGGGAUAUCCUCAAUCCCUGUAAAAUUUGCACCAAGACAGCCAUUUAUCUGCUCUUCAGAAGCACCAUUUUUAAGAAAAUCCAACAGAAGUCAUCAAACUCCUGCCUACUUAAGAGAUUAUGUUUACCAAUUACCUAGUAGUUCUGCCCAACAUUCCACUGUCACACAACAUUUCUCCCCUUCACUAAAAGCCCUAUUUUCCAAUCAUCAUCAUAUCACUCCUGAUGUUCUAUCUACUGAAAGUCAGCACUUGAUGCUAAAUGUUUGCCAUGAUAGUGAGCCAUCUUCAUAUGAAGAGGCAGCUCUCAAUCCUGCUUGGCAGGCUGCCAUGACACAGGAAUUUGAGGAACUUCAUGCCAACCAUACUUGGGAUUUGGUUCCCUUGCAAGCUGGCAAACAAGCAAUAUGUUGCAAGUGGGUAUAUAAAAUCAAACAUAGGGCUGAUGGGAGCAUUGAAAGGUUCAAAGCUAGGUUGGUAGUGAAGGGUUACACUCAGCAGGCUAGGAUUGACUAUACAGAAACUUUCUCCCCUGUUGUGAAAAUGACAACUGUUAGAGUCCUAGUUACAGUAGCUGUUAAGAAGGGAUGGGACAUAUUCCAAUUAGAUGUGAACAAUGCCUUUCUCCAUGGGGACCUACAUGAGGAAGUCUAUAUGGAGGCCCCUCCAGACCUUGUAGUAGAUCAGUGCAGUUCAAGUAGAGUGGUGUGCAGACUGAACAAGUCACUGUAUGGACUCAAGCAGGCCAGCACACAAUGGUACGCCAAAUUGACUGAAGCAUUGUCCUCAAAAGGGUACCAGCAUUCUGAAAAUGAUCACUCACUCUUUUGCAAGAAAACUCCUUCCUCCAUCAUUUUUGUGGCUGUCUAUGUUGAUGAUGUUAUAAUUACUGGAACUGAUUCAGCAGAGAUUGCAAGUUUGAAAGCUUUCCUGGAUCAAAUGUUCAAAAUAAAGGAUCUAGGUAUACUUCACUAUUUUUUGGGACUAGAAGUCUUGUAUAAACCAAAUGGCAUUCUUAUUUCUCAAAGGAAGUUUGCCUUGGACUUGUUGAAAGAGUAUCAGUGUUUUGACUACAGCAGUGUUUCUUCACCCUUUGACCCUACCAUAAUACUACAGGAAACUGGGCAGCCUGCCCAGACUCUAGGAGGUCUGUCACUGGGUACAUUGUUUUGGUGGGAGAUAGCCAUAUUAGCUGGAAGUCCAAGAAGCAGGAGACUGUUUCCUUAUCCUCAGCUGAAGCAGAAUAUAGAUCUCUCAGGAAAUAGUUGGGAAACUAGUCUGGUUGAGCAGGUGUUUUGUGAUAGUCAAUCUGCUAUACACAUUGCUCAUAAUCCAGUGUUUCACGAGAGGACCCAGAAAAUUGAAGUUGAUUGCUAUUUUGUUAGGAACAAACUGCAAGAAGGCCUAAUCUCUCUUCAUCAUGUAUCCACUCACAAUCAAUUGGAUGAUAUCCUCACAAAGGCUCUCACAGGGGUCAAACACUCAGCUGUCCUGGGCAAGUUGGCUGUGAGGACCUCACCUCCAACUUGA